AUGCCUUCUAAGACAUAUACGGAGAAAGCUCAAGAAUCUCAAGCUGCUUGGAAUGCUGCUUCGGAUCCCAAACUCGGCAAAAUAACUCAUCAAAAGACUGAAGAGCUUCGCCAGACUAUCGAUAUCCCCGUUUCCGUCCUGCGCCUAGUCGUACGACACGCGAACGUGCCGGCAAAUCAUCUCGCUGAUUGGAUCUGCCAACAACUUGGUACCACACUGUCCGAUAAAUCUUCCGGUAAAUCACUGGACCAGAUUGGAUUGAAGAAGCUUACCGCAGCUCAGCAGAAAAUAGCUCUCGAUUGCUAUUCGAAUUGGAACGCUAGAUAUCAUCUCCUCUACGUGCAUGAUGAGGUGGAUGGCAGAAACCAGGGCUGGAAGUGUAUAGCUCGAACCACUGGGUCAUUGCGACAGCUCUUUGGCGAACCUCGAAUACCCGAUGCUGCCUUUGAGGCUCUGAUGCAAUUGCCCUUGCAUAACGAUUACGACGUGGUUUUACGGAAUCUCGGACGACCAGCCUCUAGCGAUGAUAUCGAACGAAUGGCAUGUAUCUGUCGUUGGGCUUAUGGCAGUCGAUUAGGUAUGCUGAACCCAAAUCCUCAAGGCGUGCCCUUGAACAGUCCUAUUCUCUCCUGUCAAGAUCUUGUCAACAGACCACCGAGGAAUAGGGAACCCCAAAUGCGUAUGCUUUUUUACUGGUUCUCAACUCCGAUGGAUACCCAGCUUUACACGGAAGGACGGGGUUUACUCCCAUUUUAUCCAACAAGUUCUUCCCGACUGUAUCCCGAAGCCGCAAAGAUACAAGCCUAUGAUCGAGAGGCGCUUGAUAGAGCAUUCGAGGCUGUGUGCCAGAAACGCAAAAUCUCCAUAGUCGAAGCAAGAAAUAGCAUCAAAACAACUUCUUACGAUUGGGCGAUGUUCAAACAGCAGGAUCUCACUCUAGGGAUGGAACUCAUCAUGGACAUCAUACACGAGAUACAAACUGUUGAACGACGAGGCUUCGGACCUGUUUACUAUAUUUGGGAAGCAGUUCGAAGACAUUUCGAAGGUCGUCUAGCAAGGUCGCUGCCAUUGACCAAGGCUCAAGCUGAGGAGCUCCUCAGGCUCAGAGACCAGUACGUGGUCGUCGCAGACAUACCUCCAGCCGAGAUCGAACGUUCUUUCGCCGAGCUUCCCCGGCAUCGACUCAAGAAGAUAUUUUGGAGACUUCGAAAAUCGGAGGAAGAUGUGUCAAGAGCUCAGUUAGUCGAACAGAUCCUAGCGGUCGACAGCCAAGUGAGGGAUAAGGAAGCCGAAGAGGAAGAUGACGAAAACGAGGAAGAUGACGAAGAGGACGAAGAUGACGUUUGGGAGGGUGAAAAGAUGGAUCUAGAUUGA